UGCGCGCCGCGGCGACGUGCGGCCGUGGGGGCGGGGGGACGCGGCGGCGGCAGCGGUGGCGGCUACACCGGGUUGGGCCCCCUCCCUCCUCUGCUCCCCCUCCUCCCCCUCCCCUCAGCCGCGGUUCCCGAGGGGUCCGAGUCGUGCGGAGAGGCGGCGGCAAGCUCCAGGGUCAACAUACUACUCUGAAAGUCCAUUCUCCCAAGAAGAAGGGACAGAAAGAAAGACCUUUUUGUAAGAAAGCCUUGGGUAUCCCAUGAACGAGCCAGCAGAAAACCGAUUGGGGUGCAGCAGGACUCCAGAGCCAGAUAUAAGGCUCAGAAAAGGGCACCAACUUGAUGGUACAAGGGGAGGUGAUAAUGACAACUACCAAGGAGAUUUGGAGCCUAUUUUAGAGGCAUCUGUUCGUUCUUCCCAUCAUAAAAAAAGCUCUGAGGAACAUGAGUGCAGUGAUGAAGCUUCUCAGGAAGAUGAGGGGUUUAUGGGUAUGUCCCCUCUCUUACAAGCCCAUCAUGCUAUGGAAAGAAUGGAAGAGUUUGUUUGUAAGGUCUGGGAAGGUCGGUGGCGAGUAAUCCCUCAUGAUGUACUACCAGACUGGCUCAAGGAUAACGACUUCCUUUUACAUGGACACCGGCCUCCUAUGCCUUCAUUCCGAGCCUGUUUUAAGAGCAUUUUCAGAAUACACACAGAGACAGGCAACAUCUGGACACAUCUCUUAGGUUGUGUAUUCUUCCUGUGCCUGGGGAUCUUUUAUAUGUUUCGCCCAAACAUCUCCUUUGUGGCCCCUCUGCAAGAGAAGGUGGUCUUUGGAUUAUUUUUCUUGGGAGCCAUUCUCUGCCUUUCUUUUUCAUGGCUCUUCCAUACAGUCUACUGCCACUCAGAAGGGGUUUCCCGGCUCUUCUCUAAACUGGAUUACUCUGGUAUUGCUCUUCUGAUUAUGGGAAGUUUUGUUCCUUGGCUUUAUUAUUCUUUCUACUGUAAUCCACAACCUUGCUUCAUCUACUUGAUUGUCAUCUGUGUGCUGGGCAUUGCAGCCAUUAUAGUCUCCCAGUGGGACAUGUUUGCCACUCCUCAGUAUCGGGGAGUAAGAGCAGGAGUGUUUUUGGGUCUAGGCCUGAGUGGAAUCAUUCCCACCUUGCACUAUGUCAUCUCGGAGGGAUUCCUGAAGGCUGCCACCAUAGGGCAGAUUGGCUGGUUGCUGUUGAUGGCCAGCCUCUACAUCACGGGGGCGGCCCUGUAUGCUGCCCGCAUCCCUGAACGCUUCUUUCCUGGCAAGUGUGACAUCUGGUUUCACUCUCAUCAGCUGUUUCAUAUCUUUGUGGUUGCCGGAGCUUUUGUUCACUUCCAUGGUGUCUCAAACCUGCAGGAGUUCCGUUUCAUGAUCGGCGGGGGCUGUAGUGAGGAGGAUGCACUGUGAACACCUACCAGGAGCCAGGGACUUGACCCUGAGUCUGGGCCUGCAGCACCUGCCGGCCUCCCUGCCGGCCACUCAUGCCAGUACCAGAGGAGCCCCCAAACUUUGACAGCCUCUUGGGCUUUGUGAUGACAGCCCAGGGGCUCCACGUGGUACACGACUGAGAAGAGAAAAACAAAAUAAAUCAUACCUCAAAGGAUGGAGUGCAUCAAUAUGGAGAAAAGGAGAAAUGGCCCAAAGCCUGACUUACUCUUGGGAUCUCCAGAUUGAGGGCUCUGCAAGACCCUUGGCAAACUGGCUUCUGAUCCAUAUCGUAUUUAUUUGUAGAAGAUGGGGAAACCGUUUAGCUGAUGGUUCUUUCUUCUCCCUUUCUCGCUCCAUAAAACAAUAAUACAAACCAAUUUAGGUGAACAUUUAUAUCUAAUUAAUGGGUGGGAGUGUGAUUUUAGAUGCUCUUUUGGGAGAACAAAGAAAUUGAUGUAAAUAAGAUUUCUAACUUACUGUUUAAAUAAGAAUUUAUAUAAAUGUUUAAAACAUAGGGAUAGGGGAGGGAGGGAGGAUUUUUGUAUAGAAUGAAACAUGCAAGUACCACACACUGUUUCAAUUUUGCACAAAGUGACUGUAGGAGGAUCAGGUGAUGGCCCCAGAAUGUACAGUAUCUUGGUACAUCAAGGUGCCUUCUAAAGGCUGACAUACCUUGGACCCGAGUGGGGUGGAGAGUAGAGCCCAGCCCGGUGAUCAUAUGACCGCUCUCAAGCCUGAGAGCCUUUGGGAGUCCUGAGGGAAAUAGUAUGUUUUUCCCAGUGGAUGCAGAACAUGAGUGGCUGGCAGGAUGUGUUAGAUAAAGGCCCUGGUUAAGGUGUCAUUUGAGAGACUGACUUGUAGACUGACAGUGACCGUCACCUCUCUAAGGAGUAGAGCCACCUGCUUCUCCCACCCAUGCUGGUAAAGGGGUGGUGGAGACAGUGAAGGAGCUCCGGAAACGUUAGCAUGGGCUGAUCUGGUUACUUCCUGGCAUUCUGCUCAAGUUUGUGGAUAAUUCUUACUAGAGAGAGAAGUGUGAGAGUUUUCCAUACCCUUGCUAUGGAUCUCUGGAACACCCUGUACAUUUCCUCUAUUCCCUGCCCAACUGCCCUUCCUUCUGGGAAUAAAAAUUGACCUUUCCCUGCUGUGGUGUCAGGGAGAGUGGUGGAGGAAGGAUCUGGUUCAUAGAAUCCUAAUCUUGGCUUCUAGGUGAACCACCCUUGGGCACUUGAGUCUUAGAUUACCAUCAUCAAAGACUUGGGGUGACUCUGUCACAUCCUGGGGAUUGUGGGUAUUGGAACUAAACAUGAGGCCCUUGGCCCGGGGGUGGCAUCCUCAGUGGGUGUUUGGGAAUAUGAGAAGGGUCUUCUGUUUAUUCAGUAGAGUUUUCUUAGUUAUUUUUCUCCUUUCUUUCCCCUUUUAAUCUCCAGCAAAAGCUGGGAUCCAGGCAGAAAGAAUCCAGUGUAGAAGUUGGGAAGAACUUAAGAGUAUUUUGGUUCUGGAUAAGGUCAUUGCCCUGGGUGCUAGGUGGUCUGAGAAGAGACUCAGUGGGUAAACUGGGGCAGUGCCUGACGGAAUAAAGAGCAGUAUUACCCCCUUUGAGAAAGUGUGGUCCAGCAGGACAGUGGCCAUUUGGGCGGAAGCUCACUUGGUUUCAUGGGAGCAACAGCACAAAUCAGAAGCCAGACUUGCUCUUCGGUCAUGCACUUUGGGACACAGGGUAUGAGAUGCAGCCCUGUAAUAACACCAACAGAAGUAGCAGUCUCUGGGCCCGGUCACCCACACCCCAAAGCAGGAAGAAUCUGGUUCAACAUAGCACAAACCCUUAGGAAAAAUGAAAUUACCAUCACCAAUGUGGAAUCCAGUAAAAAUCUCCCUCUUUUGGGUGUGUAUGUGGGCAUGUGUGUGCCCAUUUGUAUGUGUGUCUAUGUGCAACUCACUACCAACAGCCUCAAUGUGCACUUGACCUUACAGUGCUUGCUGAGAACUCUCACCAGGUUGGCGCCUGAAUGCCUUACUCUCAGCAGUCGGAGGCUUGCUUGCCCUGUGCAGAUUUUUAAUUUUCUUUUUUGGCCCUAGGCUUGUUAGGACCUCUACAGCUUCAUUCUUUCAUCAUUAAAUAGUGGCCUUUUUCAGUAUUUCCCCCUUUCCCCUUUAUAAAUUGCUGAAGCCACAAAGCACAUUUUUGGGGAUCAUAGAAGGUUGGGGUUCCAGAAAGGCACCUGUGUAAUGGUUUAUUCACUGUGGGAUUUCCCUACUUGCUGUAUUCUCAAUUUCUUCUAAUAAAAAGAACCAAAUGAAAUAUG